CCACAAAAAAGGACCCAAGAUGCAGGCGCUGGGCCUGGGCCGCGGGUGCAGCCCCCUCCAUGCCAGCCACUGCCGCUGCACCGCUUCUUCCUAUCCUCCGGCUCCACCCCGUCCUCGCAAUCGCAACAUCACAAGGCUAACCUGCAUCGCCGCCGUGCGCGCCAGCGCUGCCCAGUCCGCGCAGAUGGAACGCAGGCAGGAGGCGAAGGUUGUGAAGCUGCGGGCGGUGGAGGCCACGCCCGAGUCCUUCGCUUCGUUCGGGCAGGUCAUCGGCGCCUCCCCCGACGGCGACGAGUUCGGCCCCCACGACGCCCAGCUCGAUCUCAGCCGCGGCAUCCCAAGGUUCUACAUCAUGCGGUUGCAGAACCGGCCGCUGAAAUUCUCUACCAUCACCCACCACGCCAGCGUGACCCAGUGCCUGGGCUCCGUCGGCGGCCAGGACUGGUACCUCGGGGUGGCCAAGCCGUCGAUCGUGGAUGGGGCGUCCGAGCAGAGUGGCCCGGAGGGAAGGAAGUUCUUGCAGUCUGCCGCAGGGCACUAUUACCUGCCUCCUGAUCCAGCCGAGGUCUGCGUGUUCCGGGUUUCUGGCCCCAAGUUUCUCAAGCUGAACAAGGGGACCUGGCAUGCCGGGCCUUUGUUCAAGGCGGACGCCGUUGAUUUCUAUAAUCUGGAACUGAGCAACACCAACGUUGUUGAUCAUACCACACACCAUUUCAAGAAACAUGAUGGGAUAACAUUUGUGGUGGAGGACUAAAAAAAGAACAUCUCUCAAUCCGAAUACCACUGACAAGACCGCUGGCUGAUCUUGUCCAUGUUUGUAGUGAACAACCAACAUGUAAAGUGUCAUGUAGAAAUGCGCAUCUGAGGUCCUUGUUCAAACUUGUGUAUCGUGCUUUGUUAGAACCGAAAUAAAGGCAAAAGUUCGCCCC